AGGGGUGGACGUGCGCUCCCUACUCUAUAAGUUCGUACGAAAAUAAUCAUUUCGGUCCUAUCGUAAACGCUCAUACAGUUAAGUGGCAUGUGACACGGGAUAGUGCAGUGAGAUACAGUUUUAAAUAGAUAAUUAUUACCUGUUAUUAAUAUUUGAAAAGGAUUUUUUGUUGUCGGUACUCUUAUGGAUUAGUGUCGUGUGCAAGUUAGUGGUGCGAUGUUAAGUGAAGUGUAAAGUUGCUCCGACAAAUAUGUUGUCAAAAUGAAGUUGUGGAAAAGCCUCAAGAUCUCCAUAGGCAGUAAAACUGAUCCUAAAGCGUACUCGCACGAGCUGCCGCAGUGGGGUGCGCAGGGGUAUGAACUAGAUGUGUUCAAGUCGCAGACGUCGCUGUCGACGGACUCGGGUCUGUGCACGGAGCGCGGGCUGCGACGCACACACAUCGAGCUGCCGAAGCCGCCCGGCAAGAGGAUCGGACUUAAACUGGCAGGUCGCUCGGAGCCGGGCGUAGUGCCUAGUAUCGUGGGCUUCACGAAGGACUCCGUAGCGCAGGAGUCGGACCGGUUGGCGCCGGGAGACCGGAUAUGCAGCGUCAAUGGCAUAUCUACUGCGCGCCUCACCAACGACGAAUUGCUGCGAUUACUCGACAAUGUGGAGGAACGCGCCUCCCUAGAGGUCGAGUACUACAUGCCCAAUUACGCAUCACAAAAUUCCCUGUACAUAACGACGAAAGUAGCUGAGGUACCCGUGGAGAAAGUGAAUGGGUCCCUGGGGGUGACGAUACGCGGCGGUCUGCCGGAGAACUCGGCGCAGAGUGCGGACCUGGUGCUGAACAGCCGGUCCCUGGACGCGCUGCCGCUGGUGGUGACGCACGUGAGGCCGGGCGGCGCCGCCUACCACACCUCCAGGAUCAAACCCGGCGAUAGACUGCUGAAAGUGGAUCAUAUAUCACUAACGAACAAGACGCUGUCGGAGGUGCACCAGAUCCUGCAGAACUGUCCACAGGUGACGAGCCUCACCAUAGAGUAUGACGUGUCCAUCAUGGAGUCGGUGAAGCUGGCGACGGGGCCUUUGCUCAUAGAGAUAGAGCGGCCCUGCAACGAGGACCUCGGCCUCUUCCUCGUAAACCAGCGCGGCGACGACCUCUACAGCUCCGCCUCCGAUACCUACCAGCGGCUCGGCGGCGGCGGCGGCGGUGCCAUCUUCAUCGACAGCAUCCUGCCCGCCAGCAUCAGCGACAGGUGCGGCGCGCUGCAGCCGGGCGACCAGCUGCUGGCGUUCGACGACCACGUGGUGGAGGGCAACAGCUACACGGCGGAGGAGGUGAUGUGCUACCUGGAGCGCUGCGAGGCCGGCUGCUCGCGUCUGCACGUCGCGCCGCGCCACUUGCUCGCGCACACGCCCGCCAGAGAGAACUCCAUAUCAGGAGCGUCGACACUCAACACCAAAAAACGUCAAAGGAACUACAGACAAAGCUCGAUGCCGAAGCUAGGCUCGCAGGAGGACUACGAGGAGGAGCAGAGGUACAUGGGUGCGGGGUCGGGGGCGGGGGCGGGGGUGUGCCGCACGGAGGCGCUGAGCGUGCAGCUGGAGGUACCGCCCGGCCACAGCAGCGGGCUGGCGCUGGCGCAGCACGCCGCACACCUCCGCAUCGCGCACGUGCAGCCGCACUCGCCCGCCUACAGGUCAGGCUGCCUGCAGCCGCGAGACCGCGUCAUGUCCAUCAACGGCCACGAGAAUCUAACUCUGGAAGUAGCGAAUGAAAUCUUGCAGAGGAGAAACGACUCGCACAAUCCUAAAUACUUAACAUUGAACGUGGAGUUCAGUAUGCCCAACACCAUCGAGGCCUCCAGCGGCGUCUUUAAUGUCAAACUGGCGAAGAUGUCUGCAGGCCUCGGUAUAACCAUCACUGGUUGCAAGCAAAAGUUGUUAAGCAACGAGGAACCAAUGAUGAUCUCGGAGAUAAAGGCGGGCUCUGCGGCGCACCGCAGCGGCGCGUUGGCCGCCGGCGACCAGCUGCUGGCCAUCAACGGGCAGCCGCUGCACAACCUGUCCCUGGACACAGCAUUCAAUAUCCUUCAAAACUCGCCCGACGACAUAAUAACAUUGAAAAUAAGAAAACGAGAUCCAGAAGAUUGGGCAAACGUUCAUAAACACAAUCCGAAGCUGACGUUGCAAAGCUUCAGCAACAUCGAGACGAAGGCGAUGGUCCACAGCGGAGAGGACUCCGGCCACCACUCCGACAGCCCCAACAACAGCGCCAAAGAAAGCGACCGCAGCCACGCCAGCUGCAGCGACGCUGGCCCCGCGCUGCUGCUCGUCGAGCUCGUGCGACACGAGCUCGGCCCGCUCGGCCUCACCAUAGCCGGCAGCGAGGACGUCACGCAGCCCAUUUUACUGAGUGGUCUCGUAGAAGGUGGUUUAGCGGAGAAAUGCGGUAAGUUGUCGAUAGGCGACGAGCUGCUGAGCAUCAAUGGCGAGAGCGUCCUCAACAAGCCGCUGUCGGAGGCCAUCAAGCUGCUGCAGCAGAGCGGCCCGCGCGUGCAGCUGCAGCUCGCCAGGAAACUUGCCGGUCCCUUGGAAAGUGCAGAAACGAGUGCAAGAGACUCCAGCCACUCCACCUCCAGCCCCGGAUUGUCUAACGACAGCGCCGUCGAGUCCUGGGAUCAGACCACGCCAGUCAGGACCAGCGCCAACUGCGGUAAUUCGGAGGUAAUCGAAUACGCAGUUCCGGACAAGAGCAGAAUAGAGAAGCAGCCGUACUCGCCGACGGACGAAGACAAGCUGCUGGGGUUCUGCGGCGACCUGCCGCUGCCCGACUACUCGCUGCACAACUCGCUGCAGACCUUCCACUACGAGAACACGCGCAUCGCGCCCGAGCCCGGCCGCGGCCGCACGCGCGAGGACGACGUGCGCCAGAUCGAGGUGCUCACCUCCAACAUGAAGCGCUGCGAGCUGCGCUGCGCGGCGCCGUGCCGCUGCGACUACGUGCCCAUGGGCCCCUGCGCCGCCGGCAUCUACUCGCUCACCGCGCGCCACUCGCCGCUGCACGCCGCCUUCUCCACCAGCCCCAUCUAUGAAAACGAUGUUUCAGUCGAGUGCAGUGAGGUUGUGCGUGGUGCAGGCGAGCGGGGCGAGCGUGGCGCGCGCGGCUCGGUGCACCACGUGAUCCUGUACAAGGACGCCAUCUACGACGACUACGGCUUCUCGGUGUCGGACGGGCUGUACGAGCGCGGCGUCUACAUCAACCGCAUCCGACAGGGCGGGCCCGCCGACAUCGUCGGCCUACUGCGCCCCUACGACAGGAUCCUGCAGGUGAACGGCACGCGCACCGUGGAGUACGACUGCUGCCUGACGGUGCCGCUCAUCGCCGCGGCCGGGGACCGCCUGGAGAUCGUCGUGCAGCGCCUCCUCGUCUCCAACGAGCUGAAGAGCCAGCGCUCGGAGGACAGCUCCAGCGCCAGCGACAGCAGCAUCGUGACUAAGACUAUUUAGUGCAUAACCCGCCUUUAGUGCGCCCGCGCUAAAGACCACACUUGUAUAGUGAUCAUACUGUGUACACUGACAAUUUACUUACAUUGACUUAUGUCGUGAAGUUUACAUUAAGUUUAGAUUAAAUAUUGUACAUAUAAUGCUAAUAAAUCUGUAAUCAUUUC